CUGACUUACAUUUCACGGGAGACUACUGACGCGAAUCCUGUCCUGCCUUUCUCUUUCUUCAGUUUCCCCGCACCUCUCCGUGCAUCUGUGACGUUGGCGUUCGACCCUCUUCCCCAUGAGAUCUAACUGAACUCCUCCUCGUCCUCCUCCUCCUCCGUCAUUUAUCAUUUUCGUGUCGAAUUUAAUGCUCACCCAAGAGGAACAAUCCGCCUUUGUCCUUUUUGAAAUAACUCCCCUUCGCUUUUAACAGUUUGCCGGCCUUUUGUUUUCUCUUUUCUUGAAUCUUUUGAUUUUUGAGAGAGAGAGAGAGAGGAGAGAGAGGGGAGAUGACUGGAGGAGGAGAAGAAGGGACGACGUUGGAGUUCACUCCGACGUGGGUGGUCGCCGCCGUUUGCACGGUGAUCGUCGCCAUCUCCCUCGGGGUCGAGCGGUUGCUCCACUACACUGGCAAGUACCUCAAGAGAAAGGACCAGAAGCCUCUCUUCGAAGCCCUCCAGAAAGUGAAAGAAGAGCUUAUGUUGUUGGGGUUCAUAUCGCUGCUGUUGACGGUGUUCCAAAACCCGAUAUCCAAAAUGUGCGUGCCCGCGGACCUCGUGGAGCACAUGCUCCCUUGCAGCCGCAGCGACGCCCUGGAGGAAGGAGAGACCGCCUCCAACACCACCACCUCGCACUUUCAGCUUUCCUUCUCCAUGGCUCCGGGGAGAAUCAGGAGGCUCCUUACUGAGACGUCAACAGUGUCAUCCGCGGCCGCUUGUGCCGCGAAGAAUAAGGUGCCGUUGUUGUCAACUGAGGCAUUGCACCAUCUUCACAUCUUUAUCUUCGUUCUAGCAAUAGUCCAUGUGACUUUCUGUGCUCUCACCAUUCUGUUUGGAAGCAUGAGGAUACGUCAAUGGAAACACUGGGAGGAUUCUAUUGCUAAAGAUAAUUAUGAUAGUACACAAGCUAUAAACAAGGUCACACAUGUCCAUCAACAUGACUUUAUCAGGGAACAUUUUCUGGGUAUUGGUAGAAACUCAGCUCUUCUAGGUUGGUUGCAUUCAUUUUUCAAGCAAUUUGGUGGUGCUGUUACGAAGGCUGAUUACACUACACUGCGCCUUGGUUUUAUUACGAUGCAUUGCAAAAGUAACCCAAAGUUUAAUUUUCACAAAUACAUGAUACGUGCCCUGGAGGAUGAUUUCAAGAGAGUUGUGGGGAUAAGUUGGUAUCUGUGGAUAUUUGUGGUUGUGUUCUUGCUGCUGAAUGUCAAUGGCUGGCAUACAUACUUCUGGAUAGCAUUUCUUCCAUUCAUUCUUCUGCUGGCUGUGGGAACCAAGCUGGAGCAUGUUAUAACACAAUUGGCUCAUGAAGUUGCUGAAAAGCAUAGCGCAGUAGAAGGGGAUCUCGUUGUUCAACCAUCAGACGAACACUUUUGGUUUCAACGCCCCCGAAUAGUCCUCUACUUGAUCCAUUUUAUACUUUUCCAGAACGCUUUUGAGAUUGCAUUCUUCUUCUGGAUCUUGUUUCAAUAUGGCUUUGACUCCUGCAUAAUGGGACAAGUCCGUUACAUCAUUCCAAGGCUUAUUAUUGGUGUGUUCAUUCAGGUACUCUGCAGUUACAGCACUCUGCCCCUAUAUGCCAUAGUCACUCAGAUGGGAAGUACGUUCAAGAAGGCCAUAUUCGACGAUCACUUGCAGGUAGGCCUUGUCAAUUGGGCAGAGAAAGCGAGAAAAAGGAAGGGACUGAGAGCGGCGGCUGGGGAUGGCUCGGGCUCUGGCCAAGCGAGCUCUCAUGACGGUUCUACCAUUGGAGUUCAGCUGGGGAGAGUAUUCCGCAAGGCAUCUGCACCCGGGGAGACCCAACCCACGUCCGGUCCUGAAGGUUCUAAAUGAGUUCUCUAGCUAUAUUGCAGAUACUAAGUUGCUGGAUUAUCAUUUCGUAUAGCGGUAAGUAGUACUUUCAGAAGAUCAUAUACCCAGUUGUAUGAGGCCUGAGCGUUUGUCGGCGAUCGCUGGGGUUGCGUACUUCAAAAUUCAUGUCGAUGUAUAGUAUAUACCUGAAGAAGGAAUACUUUUGUCUUACUAUCUAUCUGACAGUGAUGUACAAGAUGAGCGGUUUGGGUUAGAAGGACAAGUAUAUAUUGUCAUUUUUCUUGUAAA